AUGUCCGCAAGAACUCUUCUCACGAUCCUCAUCGCUCUUCCACUUGUUCGCGCAGAUGGCUGGGACGACUUUUCGAACAAUCUUGCAACCGAUCUCGCGCCGUUUCUAUCCCUCUUCGGUGGACAGAUAACGAAGCAGUACCUCAGCGAGAGCAUUACUGCAAUUGAUUAUUUCAUUUUCGCAAUGGCGCCAAUGAACAUCCUCACAGCGGUCGUCUCUGCAAUUCGUGUAGCUCAAGAAGGAGCGGGAAACGCAGAGGCUGAACUGUGCUCCUCUACGAGUCGGGACGUGUGUGAGCUCUACAACAGUGGUGGCAUUGCGCGCGUCUUCGGCCGUCCAAAGAUUCUAGAGGUUGUUCACGAUCCUGAUCACGAUUUCAGGGAUACUAGGACUGUGGGUCUGGUCGCUGAAGUCUGA